AUGGCGUCCUCAGAGCCAAUAUCUACAGAGGCAGAACCCGAGAACCUCCUUUCUUCGCUCAUCUACGUUAUAGAAGAGGACAUAGAGAAAUGCAAAGGUUCUGCUCUUGAGAGGAAAAAAGCCUUAGACGAAGAGAGAGAUAACUUUCAAAAAGCUGCGUAUGCUGUUCUAGACAUGCUCAAUAGAGAGUGA